AUGUCCGCUCUGCAGCCUCAUCCUCUUCGCCAGUCGCUCCUCAGGCCUGCUUCGCCAGGUGCCUCGAGCCUUUCCUCUGACACCCACCCACGCAAGAUCGCCGCCAAUGCUGUCCAGGCUCCUACUUGCCCAGUUGCAUGGGGAACAUGGCUGCGCAGGUAUCAGCUCGGAAGUUGGUGUGAGAAAGUAGCACCGCAGCCUGCUAUGGGCUCCACAAAUACCUACGCUGCUCCCGCAUCCUCUGCCGCAACCACUUGCUCGACUGAGUCUGGCCCAACCAGCAACAGGACUUCCACCACCAGCACUUUCAGCACCAGCACUUUCAGCACCAGCACAGAACCACCCACUCACAGAUGCACAACAUCCGCCAAGCUUUGCGAGCCGUUCCAGCCAACAAAAGCACAUCGCUAUGUCAAGCUGGACUCCGAGUCCAUGAUGGAGUCCAUGGAUUUCUACAAGAAGAAUGGCUGGCUCGCUGCUCCACCUCUGCCCCGUCGACAACAUUGUCGUGUGCAGGAAGCGCUUCGCCGUCACGGUUUGACCGGUGCACAAGAGCGAGAGGCUCUGCUGCUCUACAUCAAACACGCAAAAGCCGUGUUCAAGUGCGAAUACGCCUCUUUCAUGGUCGAGAGCCCCGACGAGGCGUACAUGCUCAUUCUUGCACAGCAUGGUGGAGACCCACAGGUUCAAAUUGUGCCACGCACCCUCACUGUGUGUUCCCACGCCAUGCUUCUUCCCGACGAAGAGGUGCUUGUCAUUCACGACACGAAAAAUGACUGGCGUUUCCGUUCCUGCCCUUCCACCCUCGCCGGAACUGUGACCAAUGUCAAGGGCAAACCCAUGAACUUUUACGCCUCUGCACCCCUCUUCCUCUCCUACAGCCUGCAUGGAAUCGAGGGACGCGUCCAGGUUGGCCGACUUUGCAUCAUGGACGAGCAGCCUCGCCCAGACUUUGACGAGAAGGACGCAGAGCUUCUCUUGUCUGUCGGCAAGAUGGCUGGAGAUGCGCUCGAGAAGGAGUUCCAAAGCUACAAGAACGCCAAAGCCUCCGAGAUGCAGGUCCGUACCAGCUCCAUCAUCCGCUCAUUGGAGGACGCUACGCUACACGCACAUUUCAGGCAUUUCAACUCUUCCAACUCUAGCAACACCGACUCUGCUCAUGGUUACACGCGCUAUUCUCUCGUCGUCAUUGACAAAGCCUGUCAAGAGAUACAGCAAUGUCUCGCGGCCACUGCCGUCGCUGCGUUCGAUGUCAGCAACUUCCGCUUCAGACGACAGGGUAAUAAGAGCCUCUCUCCUCGUAACUCUACCGCCAUCUCUCAUGCCAAUCUAUCAACAUGGCAUAUGCUCGAGGACCUUAACGAGCCGAUCACCCCGCCUUCCGAGUCCGUCUCUACGCCUACGCUCAUCGAUCCAGACUCACCCAUCAUCUCGGCUCGCAUGAGUCGAAAUCUCUCGUCCAACGAAGCUGCCUCCGAGCUCGCCACUAUUGAUCUUCAGGAGGGCUCACCACCGCCUAGCGUGCUCAGCUUCUCCGGUCCUGAUCACUGCCGACCCAACAUGCCUGAAGACAUUGACCGUCUCAAGGGGAUCUUUGCUCGUCCUCUUGCACGCUUGGCUUCAGAUACAAACAUGAACAUUCGCUGCAAGUUCUACCGUCGUCAACUCGAUUCGAGUCCUCCAUCCUCCGAAGAGGACGAAGAGGACGACUCUUUAUCCAACUCCAGCAGGGAUGAGAACAAGGAUCCCUGGGCCGAUCUGCUUCCUCCUGAUAUUCCGAUCAGCUCCUAUGCCGUUUGCGCUUGCCACAACCGUGCCAAGGCUCGUCCCGGAAUCAUGUUCCUCAUCAUGUUCACCGACCCGGUCUGCUUCGAUCAGCAAGAGCGCUUCUUUGUUGAGGGGCUCACCCAAAUCUCAUGGGGAAGUUUGCUUCGUCAGAAGCUAUCCGAGGUCGACUUCUUCCAGGCAGAGUUCCUUCGCCACGUUCAGCACAACUUGCGCACACCACUGCACGGUGCGCUCGGUACAGUCGAGUACCUGCGAGCUGCUAUCAGCAACGAUGAUAAUGACGAUGACGAUGGGGUCAAGAUCGACUUGUCUGCAGACGGUGUGUUGGCUACACUGCUAGAGUCGAUCUCGUUGUCCGGUCUCACGCUCAAUGCUUACAUCGACGAUCUGCUCAGCUUCCAGAACUUGUCCGGCAUCAAGGCCGGUGUCAUAUCUCCGGCUAAGCGCAUCUCCACCGACAUUGUCAAGAUUGUCGAGUCGGUGGCUGAUGAGGAGUGGGAGUUUGCCCAACGUUUGGAUCUCCAGUCACGCACUCUUGAACCCGGCUCCCUCAAGCAUCAGGAAGGUCCUUUGGCUGGGGUCGAGUUGAUCAUCAGGGCAGCGCCCGAAGUUCGAGACAGCGAGUGGAUUGUCGAUGUCAAGGCACUGCAAGAUGUGGUGCGCAAAGUGGUCUCGAACGCCAUCCGCUUUACAAAGCAAGGCUAUGUGGAGAUCAUCAUCCGACUCGCUGCUCCUGGCGCCCUUGACGAGGUCGAGACUGCGGUGGCUGAAGGGCAUGCUGCUAUCGAGAUCGAAGUUGCCGAUACCGGUCUUGGUAUGACGAAAGAUUUCUGCAGCAACCAGCUCACACGACCUUUCACCAAAGGCGAUUCCUUCAGGGAUGGUAUCGGUCUUGGCAUGACCAUCGUUUCCUCGACUCUGCAAAAGUAUGGAGGAAAGCUGUCCGUGGCUUCCGAGGUCAACUUGGGCACGCGGGUCACCAUGUGUAUUCCUCUGCAACGCGGCUCAGCCCCGCAACACGGUCGCAACGUUUCCACAUCCAGCUCUUCUGCCGCGCCCAAGUUUGCCAUCUCCAAGCUGGCUCACUAUGGGUUGGAGACGAGAGGUCUUCGACGAUUGGCCAACUCGAUCUGCGAUCAUUUUAUGCCGAUGGGUGGGAUCGAGUUGACGCGUAACUACAGGGAGGCCGAUUGCAUUGUUUUGCCAGAACGGGCGGCGAUGACGCUGGAUCAAGGUGAUGAGCCGCUGUUGAGUCUGGUGAAACCUGAUGCAAGGUUUGUGGUGAUCAGCUCCUCUCAUCUCGUCAAGGAAAAGGGUGUGGAAAAGUUGCAUGGUAGGGCGGUACUGCCGUUGCAAAUGCCACACGGUCCUAGCUCGUUGAGAUUGAUGGAGACGUUCUUGUCGGAUGAGCAACCGCCAGGGAUUCAUUUUGACAAUGCGGUUCGAAUGAACUCGCAGCACAGGGUUAGUGUGACCGAGUUGGGGAUUUCGAAUGAUACGCAAAAGGUGUCAGGACAUGGAACGAGCUCUUCGGAGAUGAAUCAGAGUGCAAGUGUUACUCCAAGCGGGAAUGUCAAUGGAGACGCCAUGCCCGCAACCCCUGCAGCAGCGGUCGUUGCAGCAAAGCAAGUCAACGGCAUCUCUACACACACAGACGGUGAAGCGGUUGCCGACCUCGCCGAGGACCUCAGGAAAAGCUGCAUCUCCACCCCUCCUCUUGCUCCCAGCACGGCCACCAAACCACAUGCACCACCGAUCAACACCAACCCUUCUGCUCAGGACUCGGACGGAUUCAAAGUGUUGGUAGUGGAAGACAAUCCAAUCAACAUGAAACUUCUCACUACUCUCUGCAAACGUCUCGAUAUACCCUACGAAGAAGCACACGACGGUGCAGAAGCAGUCACCAAAUUUGUUUCUUUCAAACCUUCUGUCGUUCUUCUGGACAUCUCUCUCCCAAUUCAAGACGGGUUCGAAGCGUGUACGCAAAUGCGCGCUCACAAUCAUCCUUCUUUCAUCGUAGCAGUAACAGCGUUAAGUUCGGAAGAGGAUAAGACAAGGGGGGUAGAGACAUGUGGAAUGGACGCUUGGAUGACCAAACCCGUUUCGCCAAGACAGUUGAAAGGAGAUUUGGAAGGUUGGAGGAAACAGUUUUUGGUUCGGAGACAUAGCGCUCCCUAA